AUGACUUAUUCCACUUCCGCAGUUGGCGGCAGUUCCGGCGGCGCAGCAAUUAGCAUCUUUACCGCAUACCACUACCCUUUUUCUACAUUUUUUAGACUCAUGCGAUUGAGUGCCUAUCCACUACUCCUGGCUGGCGUUGGUCUUGCUAUCCAGCAAGUCGGCGCCGCCCCUCUUCGCGUCGUGGUCGUCACCUCGCACCAGGAGCUCUCAACCGGGCCUAUCGCAGUCCCUCAUCCUGCCACCCACAUCUCGCCUCAGCCUCCUCACCACAGCAAGGACGGUGUGCAUGCUGGAAUGACCGCAGCCGGUGGCGCACAUAAGCCCUGUGGCUCUCUCCGGGAGAAGGCCAUGCGUCUAUCUAGCAAGAUAUUUGGUUUCCCCGCUAUGGCCGAGGAGGUGCAUACUGAGGGCUGGGGGAUCCACCGCCAACCCCACCACGAACAUCGUCCCAACAAGGAUCGUAACCGCCUCUCCAUUCUGCCUUUCUAUGGCACUCCCACGCAAUUUGCGCCCGAAGGAGAUGUCGCUGCUGUUGAUGCGCUCCCCACAAAGAUGGAGCACAGUGGCCACGGGCUUCAGAGGAUCGAUCCGGGGAUGGGUCCGGUGCGCAUCGUCCACAUGAACGAACAAGAUGACAUGAGAUCGCGCCGGUUCAGGCAGCACAACAAGCCAUUCUUGCGCCGUCUGCACUUUGCACUUAUGGCGCUUGGACCGUGGGAGGGACGCGCUGUGGCGUUUGUCCUUGGCUGCGGCAUCGGUGUCCUCCUCCGCAUGGUGUGGGUCAUGGGCGUUGUCCUGGCACGCAUGAUCAGCGGUCGUCGCAACGACGAAUCUGCUGAGGAUGUGUUCGAUUUGGACGCCGAGGAAAUCCUCGUCCCUCCGCCCCAGUAUACUGACGAGAAGAUUGCGCUCGCCAUUGACAAUAAGGCCCCUCACGCUUGA